AUGGCCUCCUCUUCCAAGCCUGCCGUGCUUAUGUUGGGCGACGUCGUCCAUGCCAAGGCCGAGUUUGCAGCGUUGUCCGACGUUGCCAAUGUCCGCUCUGUCACGUCCGGCACUCGCAAGGAGUUCCUCCGCGACCUCGACGCCGGUGUCUACAACGAUAUUGUCGCCAUUUCUCGCACCUACGACUCGGUGGCGAUUACCGGCCGCUUUGACCAGGAACUCGUGAGCCAUCUACCGCCGUCGGUGAAAUUUGUAUCGCACAAUGGCGCCGGCUACGACCAGAUCGACGUCAGUGCCUGCACGGCCCGCGGCAUCAGCGUGUCCAACACGCCCGGUGCCGUCAACGAUGCGACCGCCAAUACUGCCUUGUUCCUCAUUCUCGGUGCCCUGCGCCGCGCAUGGAUCCCCCAGACAGCCAUCCGUGCGGGCAAGUGGCGCGGUUCAUCGCCGCUGGGCCGAGAUCCGAACGGUCUUCGGUUGGGCAUUCUGGGCAUGGGCGGCAUCGGGGCUGCCACGGCCCGCCGGGCGGCCGCCUUUGGAUUUGUUGUGCAGUACCACAGCCGCAAGCCCGUGGCCGGCCCCGACGGCAACCUAGGCCAGUACGUGUCGCUUGACGAGCUGCUGCGCACGAGCGACGUUAUUUCGGUGCACGUGCCGCAGUCGCCCGCUACCAUCGGCUUGUUAAAUGAGGCAGCAUUCGCAAAGAUGAAGGAUGGUGUGAUUGUUGUCAACACAGCGCGCGGCCCCAUCAUUGACGAGGCAGCGCUGGUGCGGCACUUGGAGUCGGGCAAGGUGUGGAGUGUCGGCUUGGAUGUCUUCGAGCAGGAGCCCAAGGUGCAUCCGGGUCUGCUAAGCAACCCGCGUGCUGUGCUACUGCCACACGUGGGCACAUUUACGGUGGACACACAGAGGCGGAUGGAGGUGCUAGUGAUUGAUAAUAUCAAGAGUGCCGUGGCAGGGAAGGGAUUGUUGACACAGGUGCCUGAGCAGACGGUGCUCAAGGCGAGUUUAUAG